AUGCCCAGGCCACCAUUAACAGCUGUAAUAUUCCUAUAUCUAUUCAAUUUCUUGGAUGGACUUCCGAAGGAAUUCUCCAUAUAUGACACUACGUAUAUUAAUGGGCAUUUGUACUACGGAGCCAGUACUCAGCCGUAUUUUCGAGUAAAACAUCCAAGACAUGCGCCGGUACUACUCUCAAAGUUGAAUGAGUCCGACUUUGGCAAGCACAGCCUGCCUGAUAAUGACGUCUUUGUGGCUCACAAUUGGACGGAGGCCGAGCUGAAGUACUUGCCCUGUCUCGAUUUGCUGUAUGCGGGCGUACACUCCGGACCCGGCUUCUUUCCGUGGCAUCGAGAAUAUUUGAAACGCUUCGAGCUCGUGCUCCGCACCUUCCUGCCAAUGGGCUCCACCCUGGGGUUACCUUACUGGGACUCGACUCUAGAUGCUUAUCUACCAACCGUCGAGGAUUCCGUUUUCUUCAGCGUGCAUCUUACCGGCGACGUCGACGAGGAUGGACUAUUAGUCUACGGUCCUUAUGCCAAUAUGAGUACUAUGGAGGGAAACCUAAUGCCCCGCCGAGCCCUCGGCAACAACUCCCAAGGCGAAUUAUUCACGGAGGCUCGCAUUGAUGUUCUACUGGAUCAAAAGGAAAUUGAGGGAGUAUUGCAAUACCCGCUGGAUGAGAGGUUCUUCGAGUUCUCCCACGACUAUGUGCACUACUUUAUUGGAGGGGAUUUUGAGACGACGUAUUCGAGUACAAAUGACGUCAUCUUCUUCUGGCACCACACCUUCGUCGAUUUCAUCUGGGAGAUGUGGCGCCAGAAAAUUCAGACCCGAGAGGAGCGCGAGGUACAGUACCCAGAACCGUACCCCGACUGCUUCCCGCCGCUCCACUUUGCCAAUGCUACGAUGCACAACCUGCCCGGGAGAAAAAUACAGGACGGACUACUCAACGCGUAUACGGAUAAAAUGUACAAAAUCGCGCCAAGGCCAAGGUGUUCGAAUGCGCGGCCGGAUUGUGGGUCGAAGUACCUCUUCUGCGAUACGGCCAAUUUCGACCGGCCCCGCUGCCAGUCCAAAGUGAAAUUGGGCGGAAACUGCACGGGUUAUGAGGCUUUUGAUAUUUGCUAUGAGGGCAGCUGUUACGAUGGCCGUUGCCAAGCCCUGCCCUCACUACGUCUGAACGAGAUCUACUACGACAAGAAGUUCGAGAUCCAGCUGGACAACCUGAAGCUCGGCAGAAUCAUCGGGGACGGACACUUCGGGAAAGUGUGUAUGGGCUGGGUGCUGCGGCCAAAGGGCCCAAGCGAUGGCCCUCACUCUCACAUCAGCGACAUGCUGCCGGUGGCCGUCAAGGCCCCAAAACACAACGGAAAUCACGACGAGAUGGGGAUACUGUACGAGGAGCUGAAGAUCAUGAGCAACAUCCCGAAACACCCAAAUAUUCUCACGCUUGUUGGGGCUGUCACCAACUUCGACCUUGGAGAAAUCUACGUGAUCCUCGAGCGAUGCGAGGGCAGCCUCAUCGACAAGUUGAAGGAGGGCAAAGCCAGAUUCCGGGAUGAGCUCGUCUUUUCGAUGGCAGGCCUC